GCUACGAGUCUACCAUCUUACAUCCUCCGACCACCGGAAGAUAACAAAAUAGCAACCCGACCCGACCGACCCGUUCAGCUAGCUCGUCGGGGGUCCAAUUAGAACCAUUCUCGUAGAAGGUCGUUGGCUCGUUUAAUCACAAUCACGAGAUCUACAUACCUCCAAUGGGGCUCCUCAGUAUUAUUCGCAAGAUCAAGAAAAAAGAAAAGGAAAUGCGUAUACUCAUGGUAGGGCUAGAUAACUCAGGGAAAACAACGAUUGUUCUGAAGCUUAAUGGUGAAGACACAAGUGUUAUUAGCCCUACUCUUGGGUUCAAUAUCAAGACUAUUACUUAUAGCAAGUAUGUGCUUAAUAUAUGGGAUGUUGGGGGGCAGAAGACUAUACGGUCUUACUGGAGGAAUUACUUUGAGCAGACGGAUGGCUUGGUGUGGGUUGUUGAUAGUUCGGAUCUUAGACGACUUGAUGAUUGUAAAUUUGAACUCGAUAAUCUGUUGAAGGAGGAGAGGCUAUCUGGAUCAUCACUACUCAUUUUGGCGAAUAAGCAGGACAUACAAGGUGCUCUCUCCCCAGAAGAAAUAGCUAAAGUCCUUAAUUUGGAAGCCAUGGAUAAGACCAGACACUGGAAAAUUGUAGGAUGUAGUGCUUACACCGGAAUGGGCCUGCUAGAAGGAUUUGAUUGGUUGGUUCAGGACAUCGCUUCUCGAAUUUAUGUACUUGACUGAAUCUUUUUCAAAUAUGUAUUAUACUUGCGCAUGUACAGACAUGUAUAUUAACUUAUUCGAUAUUGAAGAUAAUUUGCUUGUUGUGGUUAGGCUCCCUAUUACUUUGGUUGGAGGUAUUUGGGAUGCCUUCACAAGGGAGAUAGAUAAGUUGUAUGAAUUUCAAAUCUUGUAUGCAUGGCUUUCCAAAAUUCAUAUAUUGAGCAAGAAAUAGAUGCAAAUUUAUAUUU